AGCCAUGGUUAAUGCUUGUUGCCUACUCGGAAAUUACGAUAUGAAAUGUUGAUAUGAACCUUCUGACCAACUAGUGGGUCAGGCGGCGCCCCACUGUCUGAUUCAUAUUUCUGAUGAUUGAUCUCGAUUAUAUCGACUGAUUGGCUCUGUAUCGGGUGCGGUCAGUCGGACUGUCUGCCGUUAUUUAUAAAUUAUCAAUACAAAACGGUAUAGUUGACAGCGGCCGCUUGUGUCGGCAAAGUACGCCGCGUUCGUUGACAUUUUUAUUUUCUUCUUACAGUGGAUGUUAUUUUUUUUAGGUCGUAUCGUGUGUUUGGAAUCUCUAACAAAACUAGGCCGCAACCCAAUCCCCAGUGUCACCUACGCGUAUUUAGCCAUCGACUGCAGACAACUAUGGGGGACACAGGCAGUGAACGAAACAAGCCGCCCAGUAUACCACCGCGCUGUCCUUGUGGAUUUUGGGGACAUUGAGAAGAAGCAGCCAGGCGAGGACUGUGCCCAAGAGCCCGCCCCCAGCUCCAGCAGCAGCCAGUCAGCCGUCUUUUGUAGCGGGACUAGCAAUAGCCAAUCCCUGUUGUUGGCGCCGUCGCUCGAAGCCACAGGAGCCACGCCUCUACCUGCACAAGAGGAAGUCUCCAGCACAGUCACAGCCCACGGCACACUAGUAUCCACCCCCACAAAACGGCCCUGCAACUCAGCCUCUGAGUCGGAGAGCGACGCGUCCACAGAGAAGCAGGCACGGGUGGGCGAGGGCCCUGGCUCCGAGGAGUUGUCUUCAUCAUCAUCAUCGUCCCACAGUGGUCCCAAGCAGAGGAGCCGCCGGCGCUGCCACCAGUGCCAAAACAAACUGGAGUUGGUACAGCAAGAGCUAGGCUCCUGCCGCUGUGGCUACGUGUUCUGCAUGAUCCACCGGCUGCCCGAGCAGCACGACUGCCUCUUCGACCACCUGGGGCGCGGGCGUGAAGAGGCAGUCCUCAAGAUGGUCAAGCUGGAGCGCAAGGUGGGCCGCUCGUGCCAGCGCAUCGGUGAGGAGUGCUCCUGAACGCACAACCCCAACCCAGACGAUGAGAGAAAGAGACUGCGUCCCGAUUGGCCACCUUAUCGAGAAGUGUGCAUUUGCACAGUGGUGUAAAGCAUUGGCUACGUUGUGAAAUCCAUGCGAGAAAGUGUGUAAGUGCAGAUUUCAGGGAAAAGGUGGAAAAUGGGGACAAAUACACACUUUUGUCCACAGCGCCCCUUUUUGUUGUGACUAUGCUCUUACCUCAACUAAGCAGACAAAGCACUGCUAGUUUUCACGCCCUGGCAAGGGACUGCUAAAGCCACCCAUCUGUCACUUCCCGGUCUGCCAACUUCAUAAUAAAGAGCCCCCUAAUUGUUGCCCCCUAGGCAGUGAUCUAAGGGCAGAUUUGUGUUGUGGUUAAGAGUAUGAUGCAAGGGAGCUUAAGCUGAUCUUAUAUCUGCACCUAAGGGGGGGGGGGGGAGUUGGACUACUGCAAAGCCCAACCCAGCCUAACUCCCUUCCCCCCUGCCCCUUCCCUUUCCGGCCCUGCCGCCACUGUUGACACUGCAGCCAUUUUAGAUAACUUUGGGACAGAGAACUUUCUUUCUUGACAACAGCCACCGAUUGCCUCCAGAUUGUGGGGUUAGAUUCAAAAUGGAUCAGUCUGUCUGUGAGGGAUUUAAUCCAUCGGCACGAGUGAGUCUUUGUUGCUAUGGAGACAGCGAGACGGAAAAAGUACCCCUUGAGAGUCCCUUCGUCCAUGAUGUUCAUGCUACUACGGGUGCUGGCCAAGGACAAACUUCUAAGAUGGACACAGAAACAAAGAGCUGUCACGAGACUGUCCUGUGCCUCCAUCAGAAUCUGGUGCACCCUGCACAGUUCACACACACAUGCAUAUACACACAAACACUCUUUUACACAGAGUUCAGCCCAUGUGCGCAGAGCAAAAGGACAGUUAAUCAAAAUCAUGCAGUGCACUUUGGACUGUGCUGAAUUGGUGGAGUACCGUUGACAUAAAGUUAUUCAGGGAGACACUCAUGGGUGUUCUAGUUCAGGUCUUGCUCGAUAUAACCCAUAAAGUCUUAGCCAUGGACUUCAUUUCCCAUCAGCCCCCACUGUGUGAAAUGUUUCUGCCUCUCAACGCCAACCCAGACCCCUCAGUGGGAUUGUAACGCUCUCUCUUUCUCUCUCACACACUCGCUUACGCUCUCCUCCCUGCCCAUGCCGGUCGAAGCCACUAUCGCUCUCAUCUUUCCUUUCACUCUCUGUUCUGUUCCCAGACUGUCUUUUUCUCUGUUAAUCCUUCCCUCUUUCAUUCUAUUUUCUCCACAGUAUUGAUUUUUCUCACUCACUCUCUCUCACACACUCUUUCUAUCUCGUCGAAGAGCGAACACUGACUGAGAGGAGGUUGGGGUCUGGCCAUAGGGGGUGGGGGGCAACAAGCACAGUGUGCGAAAAGGACAUCAAAUGGAAGUCACUAAGAAUAUCUUGUAUCUUAUUUGCAUUUUUUCCAUGAUUUUAUUUACAGAUUAGCUUAGAGGUGCUUUUUUUUGUUUUCAAUUGUUUAAAAAAAAAUCUAAGAUAAUUCUGUAACCUUUGUUUCAGUAAUUCUUUAUUUGUAUAGUCUCAAGUUGAUGGUUUGUAGAUGUUCAAUAACUGUCAACAACAUUUAAACUUACUAUCCACUAACCCAAGCCCUAACCCUUAUCCUAACCCUAAACUUAAUCAUAGCCCUAACCGUUACCCUAAAUCUUAUUCUAAACCUAACCCUAACAUAACCUUGGCAAGCAUUUGCUUAUCAACAGAUAGUUUGUCGAUAGUAAUCCAUCUGUAGAUCAUCUUUAUGGGACUAUCCAAAUAAAGUGGGACCAUUGUUUCCAUUGUUUUCUGUUGUUCCCUUUCUUUUUUUUGCAGAAAAAUAAAAUAAUAAACUGGA